AUGGUGAGUGUAUUCAUUAUCUACGAAACGCUGCGUAUGAACCCUCCGGUUCCGCUGCAGUUCGGUCGCGCUCGGAAGGACUUCCGUUUGACUUCUCACGACUCCGUUUACGACGUGAAGAAGGGGGAGUUGCUAUGCGGCUUCCAGAAGCUCGUAAUGAGAGACUCUCUCAUCUUCGACGAACCGGACCUCUUUAAGCCGGACCGGUUCACGAAGGAAAAAGGGGCCCAGUUGCUGGACUAUUUGUAUUGGUCCAAUGGGCCUCAAAGUGGGUCACCCACUCUGUCCAAUAAACAAUGCGCCGGCAAGGACGUUGUCGCCCUCACUGCGGCCUUGCUUGUGGCUCACCUGUUUCGCAGGUAUGAUUCCAUCACCGGCGAUAGCAGUUCCAUCACUGCCCUUCAAAAGUCUAAGUGA